CUCUCUCUCUCUCUCUCUCUAAACCCACGGCCACUAUAAUGGAGACCAGACCACCUUAAGGCAGUUUCUCUUAGUCUUUUGCUUUCUUCCCUCUCUUCGCUUUGCUUCCCUAUGUGGGUUAAACGUGGAACUCCCCAGCCGACCAUCGCCACCUGAUGAGGCCUUCCCUCGCCGUCGCGUUGGCGGUGGCCGCGACCCUGUCUGUCUUCCUCCUACCUGCUCACGGCACCGGCUCCACCUCCACCCUCGCCAUCGCCCACGGCUCCCCUUCUAUCGUCUGCGGCGUCCUCGCCGGCGUCUACCCUCGUAGCAUCCAGUGCGCCCGCGCCGACGCCACAGGUGCUCUGUCCUUCCCCCUUUUCCCCAACGUCUCCUUUGCCUCCGUCUCUGGUGGCCACGGCUCCCUCUGCGGCCUGAGGGCCGACGGCACCGCUUUCUUCUGCUGGGACGCGGCCACACUCACCCAGAAGCGCGUCUACAACGACUCCACCGCCCUCGAGGAGCUCGCUGUCGGCGAUGUCCAAAUCGCCGGCGUCGACCGCAACCGGACGUUCGUUCAUUGGUGGCGCGCUGACAGCGCCUUCCCUGACAAAUUGACCGGCUCCUACCGUUCCCUCACCUCCGGUCGGGGCUUUACCUGCGCCAUCAGCACUAAUGGUUCCGUCAGCUGCUGGGGGCCGCGCAGCGGUGAGAUCUCGGUCGCCUUCGUCAACUCCAACAUGUCGACCAUCGUUGCGGGAGACUCCCACGCCUGCGGCAUCAGCACCGCCGGCCGGCUUAUCUGCGGCGGCAACAACGAAGCAGGCCAAUCGACCCCGCCCUCGGACUCAGCGUUCGAGUUCGGCAUCCUCGCGCUGGGUUCAAGCCACACCUGCGCCGUCAGGCGAUACAACGGCACGGUUGUCUGCUGGGGCGGGGGCGCCGGCGGCGAAUACACGCCGGCGAACACCACCGCCUUCGUGUUCAUCGUCGCCGGCGGCAAUCUCACCUGCGGCCUAACGGUGGUCAACUUUACUGUGCUUUGCUGGGGGACGAACAGGAGCGACGCGGCAGUACCUGCGCUUCCGUUGCCGAGAGUGCUUCCUGGAAUUUGCACUUCCAACGAAAGCUCUUGCGAUUGCGGACCUUUCCCCGACUCGGAGACGCUAUGUUCGGGUUCUGGAGUCAUAUGCAGGCGAUGUGACGAUCGACUCGAGCGAACAAGCCCACCUCCGCCAUCACCAUCGCCGCCGCCGUCUACCGUUUCGUCGAAGAGGACUAACAAGGGAUGGUUGGCAUUCGCAAUCGUUGGGUCAGUCGGCGCAUUUGCCGGUGUCUGCUCCAUCGUCUACUGCGCAUGGUUUGGGGUUUGUAGGCACAAGAAGAUCCACAAUUCAGUUCAGCCGACUAUUACCGCUGCUGGAAAUGGAGCAUCCCAUGCGGGGCAUUCGUCCGCAACCGGUGCCGGAUCGAUCAUCCCGAGCCCAACCACGUCCCCUUCCGGGUCGCGGUCCCGAACUUUUUGGCGCCAGGGCUCACGGGUCAUGAGGCGGCAGAGGAGUGGCCCGUCUUCGUUCAAGGACCGGGCGGAGGAGUUCAGCUUCUCGGAGCUCGCCGCCGCCACCAAAAACUUCUCCUUGGAGACCAAAAUUGGGGCCGGCAGCUUUGGGACGGUGUACAAGGGGAAACUGCCCGACGGACGGGAGGUGGCAAUCAAGAGAAGUGAAUCAGGGCCGAGGACGAAGAAGUUCCAGGAAAAGGAGAGCGCUUUCCAGUCGGAACUCGCGUUCCUCUCUCGGCUCCACCACAAACACUUGGUGGGCUUGGUCGGCUACUGCGAGGAGAGGGAGGAGAGGCUCUUGGUCUACGAGUACAUGAAGAAUGGAGCUCUGUAUGACCAUCUCCACCCAAAGAAUGGCGAUCAGACCAGUGUGUUGAAUUCUUGGAAGAUGAGGAUCAAGGUGCUGCUGGAUGCGGCGAGAGGGAUUGAAUAUCUCCACAGCUAUGCCGUGCCUCCGAUCAUCCACCGCGACAUCAAGUCCUCCAACAUACUGCUCGAUGGCAACUGGAUCGCCCGGGUGUCAGACUUCGGGCUGUCGCUCAUGGGACCAGAAUCCGGCGAUGGACAUUUGUCGAUGAAGGCGGCAGGCACAGUUGGGUAUAUGGACCCCGAGUACUACGGAUUGCACCACUUGACCGUCAAGAGCGAUGUUUACGGCCUGGGAGUGGUGAUGCUUGAGGUGCUCACUGGGAGAAGAGCCAUCUUCAAGGACGAGGAGGGUGGGAACCCGACCAGUGUCGUCGACUAUGCUGUGCCCUGCAUUGUGGCAGGGGAGGCCAGCAAGGUGCUCGACGCAAGAGUGGGGCAGCCGGGACCGCAUGAAGCUGAGGCGGUGGAGCUCGUUGCCUACACUGCUGUGCACUGCGUUAAUCUUGAGGGCAGGAAUCGGCCGAAUAUGACCGACAUUGUUGCCAACCUCGAGAGCGCCCUUGCUCUCUGCGAGGGAAGCCAUGGAAGCAUCUCCAGUGGUUCAGCAGAUUGAGAUAAUCCUGCUGAUGUUUGUUACAUAAAUUCUUCGACAUCUGAAGUUGGAAUUGAGAUAUGUGAAGCAUUUGGUUGGUUUACUGUGCAGAGCAAUUCAGAUUAACCUUGAAAGUUGAAACACAAAAAAUGUUCAGAGAAUUUCAAGAACUGUGUGAUGAGUUCCAUGUUUAUACUCUGUUGUGGCUGUGGAAGGGAGCUGAGGAGUAAGUUGGGUGGGAAGAAAUGUUGAAAUGUUGGCUUUGUCAACCUCUACAAUGCAACCUUUCUUAUGAAUGCUUGUGAGCACAUCUCCUUCAAGAGGACUAAUUCUCUUAUGCCAGAUGCCAAAAAAGUUCAUCAGGACUGUAGGUGUUCCAAGCUUGACCAUGCGUUGUGUGGUGCUUUCUGGUUGACUUUAAAUGAUGCUGUGCUUAUGGCUCUUGAUCCAGCAGCUUUGUUUUGCUGAAUUUUCUGGUCAAUUGAUGUGAUUUAUAUGUUGAAGCCAUCAUCAGAAGGGAGAUGAAGACCAGGUCUAAUUAGUACAGCAAGGUGAUUCUGUGAAAUCAUACAAGUAUACUUGCUGUUAUAUGUUAGACUUGUCAUUCUCAGACUUGUGAUGGAGACACAGGAAAUUGCCAUUGUCUCACAAGUUCUUCAGCAUAUUGGAUUUCUGGGCUCUUAAAUGCUUUUGACUGCAUAGAUUUUGAUAGCAGUUGAUAUGGAAAAUUCAUCAUCCUGAGGUUGAUACCAAAGUGAAGUGGAAUAGGAUUCAGGGUUUUGUUGUCUUUGACAAAUAUGAAGGUAUCUGUGUAGGUAGAAGCUGCUUCCCUGAGGGGGAGUCAUAUCUUGAGCCAUGCUAUGUUCAUAUCGCAAGCUAUUUGUUAAGUGAAGCAGAAUUAGAUCA